GGUUGUGUAUCUGCCUGUUACAGAAAAUGAUCAAUCCCUGAACGAGGUGGGAGGGUCACUUGAUACCGGCUCCUUCUCAGCGGUUCAGUUGAGAGAUGCUCACUGCUGUCCAGAUGACUUUACCGGCUGUGUAGCGCGUAGAAUAAAUUAACCGGCAGUUUAUCUCGCUGUAUUUUGGCGUCCAGUGACUGAGAGGACUCGGGACGUUUUCUUAAAAAACAGAAAAAUCCCAGCGAAAUAACCGGAUCUGCGCUAUCCAUGAAUGAGUCUCCUCUUAUUUCAAGAAAUAUGUGAAGAUCACAAGACAGCACUUCAGCUCAUCAUUUCAGCGCAAUCCUGCUCUUUGCUGACACACGAUCCCAAGUGUUUUGCUUGAACUUGGUAUUUUUUGGAGCCCCGUGGGGAUGGGAACGUGCUUGGAUAAAGGAUGGACUUACUGUGGCCUCACUAAAGGUCACAGUCCUCUUAAGGUCAUGUCAUGGCCCCUGGCACUGUGGCUAUUGACUCUAAUCUCUCUGAAUCAAAAGAUGGCUGUCGGACAGACUCUGAACACCUUCCAAUCAGAGAGGAGGGAGUGGUCGCUGAACCACCUCACUGUCCAUCAGUCUACUGGGGCUCUGUAUGUUGGAGCAGUCAACCGAAUCUACAAGUUGUCUGCUAAUCUCACCCUCCUGGUGUCCCAUGAUACAGGACCAGAGUAUGACAACAAAGCAUGUUAUCCUCCAUUGAUUGUCCAGCCCUGUUCUGAGCCGCUUGCCUCCACUGACAACGUAAACAAACUGUUGCUCAUCGACUACUCUCACAACCGGCUGCUGGCCUGUGGUAGUCUCUACCAGGGCGUCUGCAAACUGAUGAGGCUGGAUGACUUGUUCAUCCUCGUGGAGCCUACGCACAAGAAAGAACACUACCUUUCCAGUGACAACCAGACAGGGACGAUGUACGGGGUUGUUGUGCCCUCACAGGGUCAGGAUGCAACUCUGUACAUUGGAACAGCUGUCGGUGGCAAACAGGACUACUUCCCAACAAUCUCAAGCCGCAAGCUGCCUCGUGAUCCAGAAUCUUCUGCAAUGCUGGACUAUGAACUCCACACUGACUUUGUUUCCUCUCUCAUUAAAAUCCCCUCAGACACACUGGCUCUUGUUCCACACUUUGACAUCUAUUACAUCUAUGGCUUUGCCAGCGGCAACUUUGUCUACUUCAUGACCGUCCAGCCGGAGACGCCCGAGAAUGGGAUGCCUGCUGGGAGCUCCCCUGGCGACUUGUUUUACACCUCUCGCAUCAUUCGCCUCUGCAAAGGUGACAAGAAGUUCCACUCAUAUGUGUCACUUCCCGUGGGGUGCGUACACAGAGGUGAGGAGUAUCGUCUGCUGCAGGCUGCUUACCUGUCCAAAGCUGGCAGGGUUCUGGCAAAGUCACUCAACAUUAGCGCUCAGGAGGACGUGCUCUUUGCUGUGUUCUCCAAGGGACAGAAGCAGUGCCACGACCCUCCAGAUCACUCUGCACUCUGUGUCUUCACCAUCCAAGACAUCAACACACGCAUCAAGGAGCGACUGCAGUCCUGCUACCAGGGAGAGGGAAACCUGGAGCUUCACUGGCUGCUGGGAAAGGACGUGCAGUGCACCAAGGCGCCUGUUCCUAUUGAUGAUCACUUCUGCGGCCUUGAUAUAAACCAACCCCUGGGGGGUUCCCAGCUGGUGUCGGGUCGGACGGUGUACACUGAGAGCAGGGACAGGCUGACCUCUGUCAUCUCCUAUGUCUACAAUGGACACAGUGUGGUCUUCCUGGGGACCAAGAGUGGACGACUGAAGAAGAUCAGAGUGGAUGCUCCUCUGGAAGGAGGAGUGCUGUACGAGACGGUGACCGUGAUGAAGGAUAGCAGCUCCAUCCUCCGGGACAUGGCCUUCUCCCUGGACAGGAACUCUCUCUAUGUCAUGUCUGACAAUCAGGUUGCUCAGGUCCCCGUGGAGGCGUGUGAACAGUACGGUACAUGUGCUGAGUGCCUGAGCUCUGGUGACCCUCACUGUGGCUGGUGUGUCCUGCAUAACAUGUGCUCGAGGAAGGAUUGGUGUCAAAGGGCCGAGGAGAGUUUCCGUUUCGCCACUGACAUUAACCGCUGUGUGAAGGUUAUCGCUCACCCGGACAGCAUUGCUGUAUCAGCACAUAGUGUCCCCCUUCUGCUGGAGGUGAAUAAUGUUCCAGACCUUUCUGCUGGGAUCACCUGUUCAUUUGGCCAGCAGGCUCAAAUCGAGGGGCACGUCAACGGGAACAGGGUUAUGUGUCUGUCUCCGGCUGGGAAGGAGGUCCCUCAGAUACCAGAAGGACAAGACUGGGCCGGCGUGGAGCUUCGUCUAAACUCAAAGGAGACCGGUCAAAUGGUUGCCAGCACGGAGGUGAAGUUCUACAACUGCAGCACACAUAAAACGUGUCUGUCCUGUGUAAACAGCACGUUUCGCUGCCACUGGUGUAAAUACCGCAACCUGUGCACUCAUGACCCCAGCAGCUGUUCUUUCCAGGAAGGCAGAGUCAACGCGUCAGAGGACUGCCCUCAGCUCCUCCACUCUGGGGAAAUUCUCAUCCCAGCCGGCGAGGUCCGACCCAUCACCCUGAGGGCCCGAAACCUUCCCCAGCCACAGUCGGGCCAGCGGGGAUAUGAGUGCGUGGUGCACGUGCAGGGUGUCAGCCACCGUGUCACGGCACUGCGCUUCAACAGCACCAGCGUGCAGUGCCAGAACAGCUCGUACAUGUACGAGGGUGUGAAGAUCAGUGACCUGGCAGUGGACCUCUCUAUCGUAUGGAACGGCAAUUUCAUCAUCGACAAUCCCGAGAAGAUUAAAGUGCACCUCUACAAAUGCAGCGCCCAGCGGGACAGCUGUGGCAUGUGUCUGCGGGCAGAGAGGAAGUUCCAGUGUGGCUGGUGUAGUGGCGAGGGUCGAUGCACAAUGAAGCAGCACUGUCCUCCCAUCUCUCCUUAUGCUAGCCGCUGGCUGAACCUUUCUGCCAGGAAUGUCAAGUGUACCAACCCGCGCAUUACUGAGGUGAGCCCAGUGGCAGGACCUCUGGAGGGGGGCACACUGGUCACCAUCCAAGGCCUGAACCUGGGUCUGUCUUUCUCUGAGCUGGUGGGAAAUGUGGAGGUGGCGGGUGUACAGUGCACACCACAGGAGGAGGGAUACAUCACUGCAGAACAGAUUGUGUGCGAGAUGGCCCUGGCUCCUAAAGGAAGCGCGCCAGGUCCAGUUACAUUGUGUGUUGGUGAAUGCAGACCAGAGCUACGUGCACAGUCCUCCCAGCUCUACUCCUUUGUGACCCCUUCGAUGCUGGCGCUCACUCCAGGCAGAGGACCUGAAUCUGGGGGCACAAAGGUCACCAUUGUCGGGGAGAACCUUGGCGCUGGAAGCACUGUUAAUGUGUAUUUUGGUAGUCAGACCUGUGAGCUGUACAGGAGGACCAUGUCAGAGAUCGUGUGCUUCUCUGCACCGUCUGUGACGAGAGCUGGACCGGUGGAGGUCAGUUUGAGUGUUGACCGAGCCAAAGUUCCUGGGACUCUGGCUUUUGAGUACAUAGAAGACCCAACAGUCCAGCGCAUUGAACCCCUGUGGAGUAUUACCAGCGGACACACCACCCUGACAGUGACUGGAACCAACCUGGAUGUGGUUCAGGAGCCACGGGUCAGAGUCAAAUAUGCCGGCCAUGAAUCUGUCAAUGUGUGCAAAGUGCUAAACACAACCACCAUCAGCUGUUUCGCCCCCUCUCUGAAGUCAGAGUACACCGCAGACCAGGAGACGAUCAAACACGUGGACGAGUUUGGCUUCGUCUUCAACAACGUCCAAGCUCUGCUGACUUACAACAACACAAGCUUUGUCUACUACCCCAACCCUUACCUGGAGCCUCUCAGUCUGUCAGGUGUUCUGGAGCAGAAACCUGGUGCUCCGAUUAUACUCAAAGGACGUAACCUGGUGCCAUCUGCAUCUGGUGGAGCCAGGCUGAAUUACACGGUGCUGAUUGGAGAUACGCCCUGUUCUCUCACCGUGUCUGACACUCAGUUACUCUGCGAGCCGCCAAACCUCACCGGACAGCACAAAGUCCUGGUCCAAGUAGGAGGACUCCACAUUUCUCCGGGAGAAGUUCACAUCCGGUCUGACAGCCUCCUCACCCUACCAGCUAUCUUCAGCAUCGCAGCUGGAGGAGGGCUGCUCCUCAUCAUCGUCAUAAUAGUACUACUGGCCUACAGACGGAAGUCACAUGAGAACAAUCUCACUCUGAAGCGCCUGCAGAUGCAGAUGGACAAUCUUGAGUCCAGAGUAGCUCUGGAGUGCAAGGAGGCCUUUGCAGAGCUGCAGACAGACAUCAACGAGUUAACAAGCGACCUGGACAGAGCUGGCAUUCCCUACCUAGACUAUCGCACCUAUGCCAUGAGGGUUCUCUUCCCUGGCAUCGAUGAUCACCCGGUGCUCAGAGAGCUGGAGGUGCCGGGGAGCGGACAGGCGAAUGUGGAGAAAGCCUUGAAGCAGUUUGCUCAGCUGGUGAAUAACAAGGUUUUCCUGCUGACAUUCAUCCGUACACUGGAGCUGCAGCGAUCCUUCUCCAUGCGUGACCGUGGCUACGUCGCCUCACUUAUCAUGACCGCUCUGCAGGGACGUCUGGAGUACGCCACAGACAUCCUUAAACACCUGCUGUCAGAUCUUAUAGAACGCAACCUGGAGAGCAAGAACCACCCCAAACUACUCCUCCGCAGAACUGAGUCUGUGGCGGAGAAGAUGCUGACAAAUUGGUUUGCCUUCUUGCUCCACAAAUUUCUCAAGGAGUGUGCUGGUGAGCCGCUCUUCAUGCUGUUCUGUGCCAUCAAACAACAAAUGGAGAAGGGACCUAUAGACUCCAUCACAGGCGAGGCACGAUAUUCCCUCAGUGAAGACAAACUCAUCCGACAGCAGAUUGAAUACAAGACACUGACGCUGAGCUGUGUGAACCCAGACAAUGAGAACAGCCCAGAACUCCCUGUCAAGGUGCUCAACUGUGACACCAUUACCCAGGUAAAGGAGAAGAUCCUGGAUGCGGUGUACAAGAACAUGCCAUACUCACAGCGACCACGGGCUGCAGACAUGGAUCUUGAGUGGCGGCAGGGCAGAACAGCUCGUGUGGUCCUCCAGGACGAGGACAUCACCACAAAGAUAGAGAACGACUGGAAGAGACUCAAUACACUCAUGCACUACCAGGUGUCGGAGCGCUGUGUGGUGGCCUUGGUGCCCAAACAGAUGUCCUCUUUCAACAUUCCUUCCUCAGCCAGCUUCCCGCGCAGCAUCAGCAGAUACGGUGUGGAUGUACCUUUCCGCUCCACGCCCACAAGCCCAGACAGCCCUCACUCCCGUGUGCCCAUGCUGACCCCUGAUCUGGAGAGCGGGGUCAAAGUUUGGCACUUGGUCAAGAACCACGACCACGGGGACCAGAAAGAGGGGGAGCGCGGCAGCAAGAUGGUGUCAGAGAUUUACUUGACGAGGCUACUAGCAACGAAGGGCACGCUGCAGAAGUUUGUGGAUGACCUGUUUGAGACCCUGUUCAGCACUGUGUGCAGGGGCACUGCCCUGCCUUUAGCAAUCAAAUAUAUGUUUGACUUCUUGGACGAGCAGGCCGACCGACACGGCAUACAUGACAUGGACGUUCGCCACACCUGGAAGAGCAACUGCCUGCCUUUGCGCUUCUGGGUAAACGUGAUCAAGAAUCCCCAGUUUGUGUUUGACAUCCAUAAAAGCAGCAUCACAGAUGCCUGUCUGUCUGUGGUGGCCCAAACCUUUAUGGACUCCUGCUCUACUUCUGAACACCGUCUGGGCAAAGACUCACCCUCCACCAAACUACUCUACGCCAAGGACAUACCGCAUUACAAAAGCUGGGUAGAAAGGUACUAUGCCGACAUCAACCGCCUUCCUGCCAUCAGUGAUCAGGAUAUGAAUGCCUAUCUGGCUGAACAGGCCCGCCUUCACUCCAGUGAGUUCAACAUGCUCAGCGCUCUCCAUGAGAUCUACGCUUACGUCAGCAAGUACAGCCAAGAGAUCAUCGAGGCACUGGAGCAAGAUGAACAGGCCCAGAAACAGAGGUUGGCGUAUAAAGUGGAGCAGAUUAUCUCAGCCAUGUCUAUAGAGAGCUGAGACACACAGGCCUACAUCCAUAACCAAACACACUUUACACACGCCCACCGAAACAUACUGUAACAGAAGUUAUGAACCCAUCUGCAACACACGUGGCACUCAGAAGUGCACGCGAAGGUACACAUUAGGUGCAUGUAUGCUUAUAUCCAAAUGUACACACACACACACACAGUGCAGACUUAAUGGACCUAAUGUAUACACAACAUAUACAUACAAAAAGAUACAUAAACAAUUGUACAUACACAAACCACUGCACACAUCAAACCACAGAUCGUCCCAAAGCACGACUUUUCAAUCCAAUGUCAUCGUUUUUUCAGAAGAAAGUCCAACAGGCAAACAUCCAACUUCUAAAAAGGCUCCUUAGAUAGAGAAAGAGAGAGAAUGAGAGAGAGUGAGAGAGGAUUUGGGCCAUCAACGCUGUUGAAUUUCCAGCCAAUUCUUUUCCGCUGGGUAAUGGUUUGUCUUUGUACUGGGCGCUCAUACUAACUGUGUGGUUGUGGUUGUGUGUGUGUGUGUGUGUGUGUGUGUGUGUGUGUGUGUGUGUGUAUGCACGUGUGUGGCAUGGCUGGAGCUCUGAAGAGAACAGCACUUAAUAAAGAAUGGCUCAACUUGAAAAGUCACUGGAGGAGCUCAACAAAGACAGGAGCCAAUUUAAGGGGACGGCACAUGUUGUGAGACAAGACUCAAAGUACUUUUUACACGUCAAAGAUGAAGGACACUUACUCGUGCUACAUAUCAUGGGCUUGGAGUGACAUUGCUAUUUGGAGCCAUUCGGAUGUGUAACUUUGUGUUGUGAAGCCUUUACCAAUCGCCUUUAAAAAGGCUUUAAAAAAGCGACUUGAAGCUCCCUGUCAUAAGUUAUUUAUUUUGUUUAAGGAUGAUCUUCUGACUUACUGAUUGAACAGUAUACGCAGAAUCCGUCAGCGACAAGGUGUGGGUCCAGCUCUUUAAUAAUAACACUGAGAAGACAUUAACUUCAAAUAUGAAAUAUAUGUAGAGAUAUUUCCAGACCCAAUCCCUGGCUUUUGUGCCAAAUAUAAUGUCUCAUGUUUCAUUCAUGUUAAAUGCGCCUGUUGAAGCUAUUAAUAAUACAUGCCAUUAUAUAGAAAGAGAUUGAGAUAGGAAAUUUUGUACAGUGGUGAUCUAUAGACCACCAAUUUAACCGUUCAAAGAUAAGUGGAGACCAAAUUGAACUGUAGCAGAAAGCAUGAUUAAUGAUGCGGAUCGUGGAUCAGAUUAGACUAACCCUGUCCGACAGCGCCGCACACCCCCACCCUCCCCGUCUCAUCAGUCAUUGUUUACAUUUAAGCGUGAUACUUGAAAUGCACCGAGUGUACAAGAUAUUACGAACACCUGCUCGCAUGAACUAACCUGGCCAGAUUAAGUUUGAUGAAGGCUCUGAUGCCUUAUUGAUUUUCUCAAUAAAUCCACUUUGAACACAACCUGGAAAUUAAAUGCAGGAAACAAACUGUAGAAGCAUUUCUUACACUGGAGACAUCUGAGCUGUGCAGCUCAGUAUAAAGUAGGUGGUCCUAAUGUUUUGUACACAGAGUGGAUAUAUGAUUAAUGAUAUGUGCUUGGAUCAGCAGUUUGGUCCUUGUAAAGUUCAUUAAACAUCUUUAUUUGUUGCAGCACGAUCUUCGCUUUACAUCCUGUUUCUAUGCUUCAGCGUAUAAAAUUCACAAGUUUUAAUUUCACGUUCAAAUGUACAUUUUUACCUGACUGCUUGUUGUCUCCUUGCUGCUGUAUUUAUAGAGUGCCAUAUCUAAACGUUAAAAUUAUUAUCAUAAUGAAAUAUUCAACCUGAGGCGUAAAUUUGGGGUUUUUAGUUUUCAUCGUUUUAUUGUUUCACCCAUUGCAGUGGUGAGAGAUGAACUUCUUUCUGUGCUUUCGGAUGUUUCACCGCUCCAUAUAAAAAUCACCACGGCCGUCUCAGUGUCAUUCUGGAGCUCUUAUUUUUUACCAUUUCAGUAUUAGUGGGGUUAUUGUACUCCCCACAGGACCUUGCUAAUCUAGAAGAACAAGAUGAAUAAGAUUUAAAUAAUAAUAAUAAUUACAUUUCCUGUUAAGUGUUGAAAUAUGACAGAGAACUCAUCUGUUUCAUGUGUGGUUUAAUGAUGAUAAUUUAUAAAUGUGUUGUGCAAUAAACUGUCAGACAUUUAAACUGUAAUGUUUUUUAAACUAUAUAUUAUUGUAUAAAUAUUGUACAUAAAAAACACUCCUAUUUUGCAAGCAAAAGAUUCACUUUGUACUGUUGUUAUACAUUAAAUGCGCAGCUGAUGAAAAUGA